CUCGGAGGAGGCGGAGGAGCGGCGCGGGAGGCUCAGCACCGCCCCCGGGCGCGGAGCCCACCGAACUGCGGCCAUUCCGUUCCUGCGCUCCCGCUCGGGGGGCUCUGACGGCGCGUUUUUCCCCUCCGGGCGCCCCUGUCCCGGGGAUCCUGGUGGUGCCUGUGGGGUGUCCCUGUCCCCCCCCCCCCCCCGCGCCUUCGUGCCCUCCCGGCGCUUUUCUAGGGAGAAAAGUCGUUGUUUCUGUGGAUCCGCCCCGGGACCCCCCCCGCGCCGGCGCCGCCUCCCGAGCCCGUAGGGACUGCGUUACGCUCCUCUAACCUGGAAAACGGUCCUAGUGUUGUGCUGAUCUCGCUCCCCUACCUCGAGUCAGCAUGGCGAAGAAAUCGCAGGCUCCACUUUCCUUGUCUGACUGCCUCUGCCAAAUCUGCAUGGAGAUCUUUGUGGAGCCUGUGACCCUGCCUUGCAACCAUACCCUCUGCAAUUCCUGUUUCCAACUGACCGUUGAAAAUGCCAGUCUUUGUUGCCCGUUUUGUCGGCGCCGAGUCUCCUCUUGGGCCCGGUACAAUGCCCGUAGAAAUACUCUCGUCAACUGGGAACUCUGGGAAAAGAUCCAGAAGAAUUACCCAAAGGAGUGUGAGCGUAGGAUUAACGGGCAGGAUCUGGAAGAGGAGAUCUGUGUCCCCCAGCCGAGGCACCAGCUGAGCAAGCCAGGGGAACUGAGACAGGAAUACGAGGCAGAGAUUAGCAAGGUGGAGGCAGAAAGGCGAGCGCACGAGCAAGAGGAGAACAAGGCAAGCGAAGAGUACAUCCAACGCCUUCUGGCAGAAGAGGAGGAGGAGAACAGGCUGGCAGAAGAGAGACGGCGGGAAAUGGAGAAGCAGCUGAAGGAAGACGAGGAGUUCGCAUGGCAGCUGAGUAACAGCCUGAAUGAGGAUUCCAGGGCACACGUGCUCAGCAGCCCGUCCCCAGCCGGCAGUCUCUUUGCUGAUACAUCCCCGACUCAUUUGUGCAAGAUGAGAAACAAAUCAAACAGCUCUGGAGACAUUCAAAAGUAUCUGUCUCCAAAGGUUCUUCAUAGACCAGGAUCGGCACCGUUCUCUGGAAGAGCAGAAAGAGGAAGGCGUGACUCUGGCCUGGUGUCCCUCCCUUUUCAGGAGACCAACGGCAAUGAGGGCAGCAGUUCUGCAUGGCAAAAUGAGCAAGAGGAAAUGCCAACGCUGUCUCCCCAACUGACCAGUGUGAAUAAAGAUUCCAGUGCUAAGGAUUCGUUUCUGGAAUCAUGCAUGAACUAUUUCAGUGCCUCGACCUCAGGGGAAACUGCUGCUGGUGAGCAGGAAAAAACAGUGGGACCAAAUUGUCUAGGAGAUGAAAUUCCAGAUGGACUUCGUGAAAUUGCAAAAGGGGAAGGGUCUGGAACGAUUGUUCAUGGUUCCAAAGGAGAAGAUGAUGGAAUCAAGUCAGACAGUGGCAGUGUAACACAUGUAGAAAGCGUAAACAAUGACAUCUCUGCUGAAACUUGUGCCUGUAUUCGGUCGGCAACAAAUUCCGUGAUGUCUGACAGCAAGAGUGCAAUGUGGGAUAUUGCACCGGUGGCUGGAACCUUGGAUGAGGAGAGACCAGAGACACUGCUCAACUCUAAGGAGACUCCAAAAAGAAAGUCACUGGAGCCACCAGCUGAAGCAGUAGUGGACUUGUGUGUACUUGACAAGAGGAGAAGAACUCUUCCAGAAGGUUCUGAGGACCAAGGGGAGCAGAUAAAUGAUGUGAACUUGGAAAUGCAGAGAGCCUUUGAGCAAGUGUUCUAUGAGAGGCACGUGCAGGAGGAGCAGGACCGUCUUCUGGCUCUGCAGCUGCAAAAAGAGAUUGAUAGGGAGGAAAGGACGCUGAAUCGACAGAAGGGCUCUCCAGACGAGUACCUGCUUCGUGCCAAAGCACCUCAGGCUGUGAAAGACUCCUCUGCUAGAAAGGGGAGUUCUAAGAUGGCAAAAAACUCAAAGGGACCAAAAAAACAGGCUGAAACAAAUCACCGCAAGAGCUGGAAAGGUUCUUGUGAUGAAAACUGGCAGCCUCCUACCAGAGUCCGAACCAAAUCGCCCGGCAGCAAGGGUGGAAAGGUUUUGAAUUGUGUGGUCAAUACCAGCGACUCAAACGAUAUUUGUUCACUCCCUAAGAACAAGCAAAAGACAAUCCUUCAGAUGUUUCAAAGCUCUGUUACGGAGUAGUUCAACACCACUGCAGACGCACAGUGGGAGAAGAAUAAAAUCUGUGGUCAUGCUUUCUCUCAUGUUACAAAGCUUUCUGGGAACUGUUUUAAAGUUGUGUUGGGGGAUGAUGCUUUGAGUCAUGAAGUUUUGCGUUCUGAGAAGGUUUAAUACCGUUUGCCCCCAGACUUGGAGAAAUUUUAAUUGGUCUGUUCUUGUUUUCUAACACUUGUGUUUCCAUAAUUUUGAAUACUGUUAGCAUUUAAAACCGAAAAUAACUGAUGGUCUUAUCCAAAACGAGCAUUUUGUGCCUUUUAUGGAAAGGAUGCGCAUUCCACAGAGGAAAAGAUCAAAAAUGAGUCUGAAGCUUUAUUUGGCACAGCAACGUUCUGUCAGCGUAAACCUCAAUCGCAGGCCUCUGUUUCAUUGUGAAAUUGCAUUGUUUGACCGGCAGUUAACGAGUGUAACUGGGCAGCCAGUCUUGCAGCCACUUUUUCCCUUUCCAACACUAACCCCUUUCUUGGACAGAGAGGAGAAACCCCAGGCCCUUCUCCCACUGCCAAAGCCACAGCUCUUCCCGAGAUGCCCAUGACUGUGGGUUGUAUUUACCUCUGAUCCCAGAGGUCACAUCUGCAGAUCUGACUGUCUGUAGAAAAAAGAUCCCUUUGUUUAUUUUUUGCUAUUGUUCUGCACCUUUAUUCUUGUACAAGGAUGUUACCUGUCUUUAGUGCUGUUUAUUUUCCUACUCGGACUGGCUCGAGUCUGAUUAAAGACCCAUAAUAUUAAAAAAAAAAACAGUCUGGAAGACAUCUGGGAUGGAGAAAUGUAAAGCAGGAGGGAGGGGAAACAACUGAAAAUGGGAGUUUAAUGAUAAUUAAGUGUCGCGUGACUGCCGUGCCUGGCCGUAACUGUGUUCCCACCUGUUUUUAGAGGGAUUACCUGGUGCUAUCUCUGGUUGGGUUUAAAACUAAUGAUCAUUCUGAUUUGGACAUGGGGGGAAACCGGGACCUGGAGGAAGUUGAGGCUGGCAUUGACCCACAGAGGAAGAGGUGACCCACAGAGUAUGUGUUCCUAGACUGGUUUAUCCCUUGCCAUUACGAAGCCAGUGUUUGGCCUUUCUUUGCUCGUAAUGAGGUGCUGAAGCAUGUGCGAUCAUGGCAAAGGCUCUAAAUGUACCCUUUUUUUUAACCUUCUGCAUAGACUUUAACUUGGUUCUGGGAAGUUUGUAACAAAAUACAUCAGGCAGAGGCUUCUGUUAUUUUGAGUUUAAAAAAAACUGAAACGUUGAAAGAGUGAACAGCACAGGGAGCCCAACUGGGAUCAGUUUUUCUUUGCCUACAUCUCUGGAAUGGUGGGGUUCUCCUAAAUAAAAGAUCUGAGCUGCUGCUUGAGAAGGUCACAGCAGGUGACCGUUUGCAAACCACUCACUCGUCCUCUUGCUGCCUUCCUUCAGCGUUGGGCUGUUCAGUCUUUGUCUUUGUUUGGGCUGGUUUCUGUCUUACCCAUGAGGUCAAACAUCAUCCUUCAUUAAUUAAGUGGUCUUUACGGCAGAGGUAUUGACUGGUUCAAUGCCAGUGACACUCAGCCUUUCUAGUCCUGAGUUACGCUCUCCAUUUUCCUAAGAUCUCUUCUAAAUCUCCUGUCAGCUUAUAACUGUCCUGCCUUGUCAUAAACCUGCACUCCUUGACGGAGAGCCUCUCUCAGUGCUGGAAGGACACCUCCAAGCACCCUUUCCAGUGCUUUAACAGCUUUAAUGAAACAAUAAUAAUGUCUCUGUUGGACAU